AUGAUGAUGAUGAAGUCGUCCCCGAAUCGCCACCUAAAGAACUCAACCGAAAAAAAAAACAGGGGGAAGGGGAAGGCCGUUGAAAUCCAAUCCGACACCGCAAAAAAAAGCGGUUCGAGAGCAAAGGCGAGAACGUGGACAAAAGUAGAGGAGGAGGCGCUAGCAAUAACGUAUGUUAAGGCCUCAACUUGCCCGAUUGUCGGGAACAAUCAAACGGGUUCUGGUUUUUGGUCGGCAUGUACGGAUAGAUUUAAUAACCUUAUGGGGGAAGGCCCCUACCGUGAUCUCGAAUCCGUUUCGGGCAAGUGGCGGAAAAUGAACAAGUGCGUGAAUGAUUUUAUCGGGAUUUAUAACCCACUUUACAUCAACCGUCCUAGUGGGAGUAGCGACGAGGACGUUCUUAACCUUGCGAUGGCUAGAUGGGAAACAAAAAAUCCUCCUUUCCCACACCUCCGAGCAUGGAACAUUUUAAAGAAAGAACCUAAAUGGGCGCCGAUUCCAAAUGAGGUCGCAACCGCCAAACGUACUAAAACUUCCGAGUCCGGAAGUUAUAGUGCGGGAGGCUCCACCGCUCGUUGUCAAAUCGACAUAAACGACGAACCGGAAUAUGAAGAGGAGCCCGUUCACGAGAUCGAACGUCCCGGCGGAAGGGACAAAGUAAAAAAAGAGGCGGCCGCAAAGCAAAGGGGCCGGCUCGAGUGGAGGGGGCGGCUCGGGUGGAGGUGGCGGCUCGAAGGCUUCAUCGAAAAUGGACGAGUUAAUUUCCGAAUUCUGUUCGUUUAA